UACAGCUGAUUUUCUAGGGUUGAGCUAUGUGUGGUUCAGUCCACCCUGUCAGUUUGCGGCGUAUACCAUGAAUUCGCUCUGCUGUUAUUCGUCUACCUUCACCAUUGCUCAGUGAUCAUCACGCCGCAAAUUUUGUCAACACUGAAAAAGAAAAACAUGGCACAGGCAGCACAGAUUAAUGUCCUCGAAGUCAACACACCGAUCACAGUGGAGCACGACCGAAAACGACGACAGUUCACAGUUAGAUUAAACGGCUCCCAUGACCGUGCAGUGCUGUUGUACGAAUAUGUGGGCAAGAGAACAGUGGACCUGCAACAUACAGAGGUGCCAGAUGCAUACAGAGGAAGAGGGAUUGCUAAACACUUAGCAAAGGCUGCCAUGGACUUUGUGGUUGAAGAGGAUUUGAAAGCCCAUCUUACAUGCUGGUACAUCCAGAAAUACGUUAAGGAGAACCCUCAGCCGCAGUACCUGGAACGGGUCCUUCACUGAUACCAUGAGAGGGAGGGAGAGAGAGAGAGGGUGGGACAGGGAGAAGAGCCUGCUUCUCUGGGCUUGGACACAGAUC